UCUGCAUCCAUUCGAGAUCUGGCGCCAUCAUGGUCACCUUCGCCGUUGCCCCGGUGGAAGCCAACGUGAUCAAGGUCUGUUCGCACGACAAGAACGGCAACCCGGUGAGCUUACGCAAGGAAUAUGACGAAGAAGGAUGCACCGAGAUCUUGCAGUCCUCCCCAAAUCUUGACGGCGAUGCCGUGCUGCCAUCGCCCAACGGAUUCGUGUUGGGUGUCGUUCGUGCAUACAACGAGCACCACCAUCUAAUCUUGCGUCCUGACGAUGUGUGGCUCGCCAUUGCGACACAAUUUGGAUUGUUCGUGAACAAGAAUGCGGAAGAAGUGCGCCACAGUUUGGUCAAACACCAAGAAGGUUCCAAGGAACUAGUUGUAUUCGGUGGGGGUACUCUACGCACUGCCAACUAUGGCGAAUUGGCCUCUCAAAUGAUCGAUCAAAUGACCGACCACCUCGUUGACCCAUCCCUCAGCGAGUGGAUUUUGCCGUCGUUCAGCACCACCACGAACCACGAUCGCAUCGUUGGCAGUGUCGUCAUGAUGGCGUCCAUGAAGAAAUACUUUUCGUACAAGUUUGUCCUUCGGUGUGGCGUUCCCAGCGUGACUCUGCUUGGUACUGUCGCUGACUGGGAAGCCAUUCGAAAUCGCGUGGACAAGCUGACGUCGUUUGGGCCCAUCGCGACGGGGUGGCGGGACUUGCUCGUGCCCGUUUUGGACCAAUUUGUGGCAGCGGCCAACAACAAACCGGACGUCGAGUUUUGGCAACGCAUUUGCCAUUAUUAUCCUGGGGGAUCUGGGCCAAGUUACUUGAGCGGAUGGAUCACUGUAUUCACCGUAUUCGGUGAAAACGGUGAGUGGCAAGGAAGCGAGCGCGUGGUACGCGGACGACACGAGGAGGUUCGGAGUGACUUUCCUGUGAUCGAUACGAAUGAUGUCGCGCCUGGCUACCUCACAGUGAACGUGACCAUCGAUGACAACGGCGUCGAGUACAAGAGCCUCAUGUUUGCGGGCCACUUGUCGUUCGAGAAGGUCCAGGAGCGUUCGAUUCAACCGAGUUUGUCGUGGGCGAUGGUGCUCAAGGGCAAGGCCGAGUCCAAAUAACGUCGUCAGUGAUGGUUUCACCAACCCAAUUGGAUAACAUUGCGUUUCAAUGGAAAGGAUUCACUUGGAGAAAGUGGUGCAAGUCUAUCGUAGCUAUUGAUGGACCGGCUCCCGCUACUGUAGACCAGUGCACGAUGCAUUGUUGCCCGCCAAAGCAAGAGGAGCCUCGAUUGUUGUCAUAGUUGGAGGUACGGCCGAUUUAUCCACGCCAAGGGAGAUCCAUGCGACGCAUCAUCAGGAAGCCGCAACCACGAGGACAGGGUGCUCGCACGCAAUGCUGCUCUACCAGAUUCACUACAGCCUCCUCGGUCAACCGCCGCGCGCGGUCUCAAGAGUUUUGGUCCUGGUCUUGGAGCAAGGGAAAGGCCGAUCGACAAACACUUGUGCAUGUUUCAAAUUCUUUUCUGCCUGGGUUGCUGAUGCCACUGUAGAGUACAAUUAUUUAAAUUCAAGUUGGC